CUUUUAAACCAUCAACCGAUCGGAGCCAGUUUUCAGUUCUUUGGAAACUCCGUGCGGACGCGGUCGAUACUCGAUACUUAGUGAGUUGGUAUAUGGGCGUGAAGAACUGGGAAUGUGCGUUUGAAGUAUCUACAUACCUGCUACCGGUUGUAGGAUUUUUUGCUUGUUAUUUUGUGUGGAAGUGAGUUCAUCAUAAAGCCAGGCCCAUCCCGGGAAAAUUUUGGUGAAGUGGCCGCAAGAUACCGAUCGGAUAAGAGUUCAGUGUACCGAAUUACUUGGAAUACCGAGCUUGUCGCUCAAAUCUGACAACAUGAGACUGAAACUUGCGUUUUCUCUGACACUUUUGAUAGCGAUUCAAUCGGUCACCUGCCAGAACCAACACAACCGACAGCGAGGAAAUGUGAACGAUGAGAGCCAAAAACUGAACAUCGUGGCAGACAGUGUCACGAAUCUGGCGCAGAAAAUUAGCAAUGCCAUCACCAGUCAGAAGAGUAAAACGGAAAUCUUUUCUCCGGUCAGUAUCGCCGGUGCCCUUUCUUUGCUGCUUCUCGGAGCAUCCGGCACAACCCGAACCGAGCUGGAGAACGUGAUGGGUUUCGAUUCACGCAUCUCGUUCACCGACAUUCACAAAAGCUUCGGAAAACUGUUCCGCGAGUUGGUCACCAACGAUCCCAUCCUGAAGUCCGAAAUCCCUUGGCGCGCGACAGAUAAGUGCAACAAUUAUGACUACGAUGACGACGAUGUGGGAAUGCGUGGUGGAUUCCAGGCCCCUCAAACUCCGGCCAAACGUCCGAAGCGUCAGUCCGAUUCUCACAUAAUAACGGUGGCCAAUGGAUUGUUUGCCAGUGAAGAUCUUCGGCUGAACGCAUCGGGACUGGCCAAACAUUUGUACGAUGCGGAUAUUCGCCAGAUGGAUUUUUCGAGAAACCCAGUCGGUGCUUCAGAUCAAAUCAAUCAAUGGGUUAGUCAAAAGACUAGAGGGAAAAUCCAGGACGUAACAACUCCCAGCCUGGUUCAGCAAGCUUCUAUGGUGCUCGUCAACACGUUAUACUUCAAAGCGAAAUGGGAAACUAUGUUUUUGAAAUUGGAGACCAAACCAAAGCCAUUUUACAUCGAUGGAAAGAAUCAAUCUCCGGUGCAGGUUCUAACGAUGGCUACUUCUGGAUGUUUCCCGCUUUACGAAGAUAAAGUGAAUAACUUUAAAAUCGUCGGUUUGCCGUACAUGAAACAACGAUCUACCAUGUACUUGCUACUACCGAAUGAUUCCAGUAGGUCAACCCUACAGUAUUGGAAUCAACAAAUGACAAUCAACCAGUUUAAUGAACUAAUUGAUAGGAUGGUGGUGAAAUCUGGUACUAUUUCAAUGCCGGUUAUGAAGCUUGAGAAUACCGUAGGAUUGAAAAACGUGCUACUCUCGCUAGGAUUGCGAUCCGCCUUUGAUCCUGAUCAAGCGGACUUUAGUGCAUUUCUCUCAAAUGCGGAAAGGUUAGAGUCACUCGGGGCGCGACCCCAAGAGCAACAUAGUCAAAAUCCAGCACCGUUUCCUGUCAAUCAACAGAACGAACAAGAUGAUCGUAUUCAAUUUCCAGCCCACAUAAAAAGAUGCGCACUCAUAUCGCAUUGUUCGAUAGAAGGAACUCGUUGCAUGUGUAAUUUAGCUCAGAAUGCUGACAUGAUCAAUAAUGGCUGCCACGAGAAACCUUUCUACCUUACUAGAGGCAGCUGUCAACGUUCGCUGGUUUCUGUCGGCGGUGUAAACCAGUGCUUAUCGGCAACAUAUCAACAGUAUCGAGCAGAUGGUAAUCAGUGUACUUCUCGUCCAGGCUGCUAUUUUACCGAUAAUGCGUGUUACUGUUGUUUCAAAAGUGAAGCUCCAACACAACCAGUGAAUCCAAACUUUAUGUUUGGAAAUCGUGAUGGUGCAUCCGAUCAAUCAAACUCAAACAAUCCAAACGGCUUCGGUAUUUCGAAUCGUUUCCAGGAAUCUGAAACCCCACCAUCAUCGCAAGCACCAUCGCAAAGCAUAACCGACUUCGUUAUUGUGUGCCAAAUCAAAUUCGGCUGUGAUCAACUCGGACGAUGUGGAAACUUCCGACAUUGCUUUCAACAAAGGCAACCGCGUCGCAUGAGGCGUCAAGCUCAGCGGCCAAAGUUAAGCAUAGGUCAGAUCAUCCACAAGAUCAGCCUGGAUAUCAACGAAGAAGGCACUGAGGGUGGAGCCGUGACAGCAGUCGUCAUCGAUCGGAUCUCGUCGGCAUUUACGCUACGAAUCGAUGGACCAUUUCUGUUGUACCUGAGGGAUGACGUUCACAGGUUGCCGCUGUUUUACGGUCCUGUGUACGAUCCUAGAUCUUAAAGUUUUGGAAACAUUUCUUUGUUUUAUUUGCUUUUAAAUUAAAUUACGAUAUAUUUCAAACACAACUAAUUCAACUUUUCGUACAAACAAUCCGAAAC